AUGACCUGCUGGCUGUGCGUCCUGAGCCUGCAGCUCCUGCUCCUGCCCGCGGCGCCGCCCCCGGCGGGGGGCUGCCCGGCCCGCUGCGAGUGCGCCGCGCAGACGCGCACGGUGGCCUGCGCCCGGCGCCGCCUCACCGCCGUGCCCGACGGCAUCCCGGCCGACACGCGCCUGCUGGAGCUCAGCCGCAACCGCCUCCGCUGCCUGAACCCCGGGGACCUGGCCGCGCUGCCGCUGCUGGAGGAGCUGGACCUGAGCGAGAACGUGAUCGCGCACGUGGAGCCCGGCGCCUUCGCCGGCCUGCCGCGCCUCCGCGUGCUGCGCCUGCGCGGCAACCUGCUCAAGCUCCUGCCGCCCGGCGCGUUCGCGCGCCUGGACAACCUCACGCUGCUGGACCUGAGCGAGAACAAGCUGGUCAUCCUCCUGGACUACACGUUCCAGGACCUGCGCAGCCUCCGCCGCCUGGAGGUGGGCGACAACGACCUGGUGUUCAUCUCGCGCCGCGCCUUCGCGGGGCUGCUGGCGCUGGAGGAGCUGACGCUGGAGCGCUGCAACCUCACGGCGCUGUCCGGGGAGGCGCUGGGCUACCUGCGCGGCCUGGGCGCGCUGCGGCUGCGCCACCUGGCCAUCGCGGCGCUGGAGGACCAGAACUUCCGCCGCCUGCCGGGCCUGCUGCACCUGGAGAUCGACCACUGGCCGCUGCUGGAGGAGGUGGCCGCGGGCAGCCUGCGCGGCCUCAACCUCACCUCGCUGUCCGUCACGCACACCAACAUCACGGCCGUGCCGGCCGCGGCGCUGCGCCACCAGGCCCACCUCACCUGCCUCGACCUGUCGCACAACCCCAUCCGCACCGUGCCGCGCGGCUCCUUCCGGGACCUGGUGCGCCUGCGCGAGCUGCACCUGGCGGGCGCCCUGCUGGCCGUGGUGGAGCCGCAGGCCUUCCUGGGGCUGCGCCAGAUCCGGCUGCUCAACCUCUCCGACAACCUGCUGUCCACGCUGGAGGAGAGCACCUUCCACUCGGUCAACACGCUGGAGACGCUGCGCGUGGACGGGAACCCGCUGGCCUGCGACUGCCGCCUGCUGUGGAUCGUGCAGCGCCGAAAGACGCUCAACUUCGACGGGCGGCUGCCGGCCUGCGCCAGCCCCGCCGAGGCGCGCGGCGACGCGCUGCGCCACCUGCCGGACUCGGCGCUCUUCGAGGUCUUCGUGUGCCGCAAGCCCACCAUCCGCGAGCGGCGGCUGCAGCGCGUCACGGCGGCCGCGGGCGACGACGUGCGCUUCCAGUGCCGCGCCGAGGGCGAGCCGGCGCCCUCCGUGGCCUGGGUGACCCCCGGGCACCGCGCCGUCACCCGCGCCAGCACCGGCCGCGCGCGCGUGCUGCCCGGGGGCACGCUGGAGAUCCGCGGCGCGCGGCCGCAGGACAGCGGCACCUACACGUGCGUGGCCAGCAACGCGGGCGGCAACGACACCUACUUCGCCACGCUGGCCGUGCGGCCCGAGCCCGCCGCCAACCGGACCCUGGGCCCGGGCGGCGACGGCCGCAACGAGACGCUGGCGGCGGCCGCGCGCUUCCCGCUGGACCUCACCACCAUCCUGGUGUCCACCGCCAUGGGCUGCAUCACCUUCCUGGGCGUCGUCCUCUUCUGCUUCCUGCUGCUCUUCGUGUGGAGCCGCGGCCGCGGGCAGCACAAGAACAACUUCUCGGUGGAGUACUCCUUCCGCAAGGUGGACGGCCCGGCCCCCGGCGCCGGCCAGGGCAGCUCCCGCAAGUUCAACAUGAAGAUGAUCUGA